AUGAUUGGCGCUGAACUCAAGCAGCACACGGACCCUUCCGCCGUCCCCCAGACCUGCACCGGCUGCCGUCGACCAUUUCUUCCCCCAUCCCACCCCUUUCCCCGCAUCCGGUUCCUGCUCUUUCUCCGCCCACCAACACUACCCUCUCUUCGCCGCAUCUCCACUUCUCCCUUCGCCGCUCAGAGUCCCCCCGACGGCCCGCCUCCUCGCCUGUCCACCGGCUGCAACGAGGCUCUCCCGUCGCCGAUCCCCACGCCCCCGUGCACGUGCUACUCGCGGCUGCCGGCCGGAUGCGCAACGGAUCCGCACGCGCCGACCGUUAAGUACAUCGGCGUGAGCCUGCGCGGGCGCAACCGGUGGGUGGCGGAGAUUAAGGACAACAACCACGGCGUGCGCAAGUGGCUCGGCACCUUCGCGUGCCCCGUGCAGGCCGCGCAGGCCUUCGACGCGGCGGCGCGCGCCAUCCGCGGCCCAAAGACGAAGGCGAACUUCAAGCGCGGCGACGCGGAAUUCGUGGAGGACGUGCCCGAGGUGCUCUCCGUGCUCGCGUACUGCGCAUCGGGCAAGCCGCCACAGAGCAGCGCGGCAAACCUGGCUGGGUCGGCGGACGGGUUCGCGCGGAGAACGUCUCCGAAGCAGUCGUCUCCCGCUGGUCCUCCGGGCAGAAGGCCCGGCAGGGGCAAACCACCCUCCCCCUCCGCCGGCCCCUUGCCGCUCGCGAUCGGCCCGCCGUCCAUCGCCGCGCCGUCCUACGCGGCCGCGCCGUACGCAGUGGACGCGACCCAAGCCGGCGCCACGCUGCAUCAUGCCGCCCCGCGCCUGUCCAUGCCGUCCCCGUCGUCAGCGCUGGUCGCGCCAAGCCCCCUGCAGCUCACCGGCAGUUUUAACGCCGAAGCGUCGCCGCUAACGGCCUUCCCGUCUGCGCGCGCGCCGCAUGAGAUCGUUGUGAAGCGCGAAGUCCUGGCGCCGUCCUCCCUGCUGCCCGUCGCGGCGUUCGCCGAGGCGCGCGCGGCGAGCGAGCACGCGGUGAUUGUGCAGCCGGCGCACGCAGGCGGGCGCGCGGCGGCGGGCUGCGCGCCGCCAGCCGUAGUCGACGGCGUGACGUGGGUGGUGGCGGAGCCGGAGCUGGCGACGCCUUGGGGCGCGCGGACGGCGGAAGCCGGCAGGUUCCCGCAGCUAGUGGCGCCCGCGCCCCACGCGCCACACGCGCCGUAUCACCCACCUGCCCCGCAGUGGCGCGACGCGCAGGGGGAGCAGCGCGAGGUGCGGUGCAGGAGGGGGGAGGCACAGGCGGGUGCGGGAGAGGAGGGCGGCGCUCCAGCCAUCGAAUGCGCCUCGCUGUGGUCGCCUUGUCGACCCGCUGAUGCCAACAGGGACGAGGACGCAUUCGCACACACGCCGUCCGCGCAGCCAGAUGACAUGGAUGUCCGAUCCUCUAGCCACGUCAGGCUCGGCAAGCGCAGGUCGCCCGAGCCUGCGGGAGAGCUCCAGUUAAAUCGUUUGGUACGGGACGCGGAGGGUAGCAUGCAUGGAGGCAUUGGAGGGGUGCUCUCUCUGCUGUCUGUUGGAGCCCUCCAGUCGUCCAGCGAGAGGCUCGGCGGCAGGCUCGGUGGUGAGAGUUUGAAAGUGAAGGGGAUGAGCCUUUCCUCGCUCUUGCCUGUUGCCGAGCCUGCGCUGACUCCCGAGGAGUUUGGUGAGCUUCGGCAGAAGCUUGGGUGGAAGGUGGUUCGGAUGGAGGACCUGGAGGAAAUCCCAAGGGUGGCUCGGGAAGCACUGUUGAGGUUUAGGCAGGACAAGGACUUCACCAUGCUGUCACUGUAG